AUGACACCUACGAAUAUGGAAUCGACAUCCCUUCCUCGACUGAACACACAACCAGUCCCACCAACACCUAUGACGGGCGACCAGCAAAUUACUUCUGCUCCAGCUAAUCAAACGAUAUUCGUCGAAUUACCCAAUGUCGCAUCGCCCAUCCCUACGUCGGAACACACAAAGUUUUCCUCCUCGGCUUUCCAGUACGAUGAUAGGGGGCGACAUUCGCCAUUCCUCUCUGGUUCACCUUCGCCCUCACCCCGCUCAGUGUUAUUAUCGCCAUCUAAGACUUCGCCUACUUCCCGACCGCUCUCGCCUGAUUUACCAACUCGAGAUGCAUUGUAUCUCUUUAGCAACUUCAGUAGUUAUAUGCGAUCGCCCGAUGAGGGUAGUGAAGGAUUGAAGGCGGAUGAUUUCAAAGACACGAUUAGGUUAUUGGAACAUGCUAGGUGGUUGACUUCCCAACCCCAUUCCAACGUUCACAUCUUACAUCUCAAAUACCGCUUUCAAGGUCAAUCAACCACUUUCAGAUCACCCUAUUCGACGGGUGAUUAUCAAUUACCGUUAAAUUACAAGGACUCAACUGGAAGAGUCAGGAAUCCCGUCCCUCAACCUUUCUCGGUACUUCAUGAUCCGGUAGUUAAGAUUGAUUACAUGGAGAACGGAGUGUUUGAUCCAUUACCUGCUCAAGCAGUUUUCAGUCACAUAGCUAAGAUGUGUCAACCUCCGCCAAGAGUCAUAGUCAUUUCUUAUGUCUACUCAAAAGUGAUCGAGAACCACCUCUCUUCUCUCUCAGCAUGGGCUCUAACUUCCUCACCACCUUCAUACAUAUUCUCACCAAUCGAGACUCGUUUACGCGAACCCCAACCUUUACAUAUCGCCCUUGGUCAUUCAAUACCUAUGUCAAUGUACGCCUGGCCAACUGAAUUGUAUCAAACUCCAUCAUCUAGUCUUUCACCUGUACAUACAACAUUGAACUCCAAUUCCGCUUACACUUCGAGCUACAGAUCUGUGGGGAUACCGAGUUUUGGUGUGAACCCAUUUUCACCCAUCUCUCCUGAUGGUCAACAUAAGAUCGCGUUACCUCCUAUAUCUUCACCCGGUCAGGGUACGAAGAAAGCUCAACGUAGGCGGGAAAUUCACUUACAAGAUAAGAACACCACUAUAGACGGAAAUAAGCAAGGGGAAGGGGAAGAUGUAAAUUCACCUAUAUUAAUUACGAGGAGAAUAAGCGGUACGGAAUCGCCAAGUGAUAUUGUCGAUCGAUAUUAUGCUAGAAGAACUUCUCAAGUUGCUACUACUUCCACCAACGGUGGGAGUGGAAAGAAAUAUAAGGAUGAUCCUAUAGCCUCUUUAACUGUCAUUUCAUCUUCUCCACCUACAGCAGAUAAUACCAGUACUCUAGCAAGCAAGGAAUCGAAUGAGAUCUUGAGAUCGCACAUUUCACCUACCUCAAGCCAUAAAUUAUCGCCCGGUACAGUCCCACCUCCAAUUGACAGAAUACCAUUAUGGCACCUCGCACCGGGAGUAGGAAUUUUACAUGGAAGUACAUCAAGUUCAAUUGGUAUAAAGUUGAGCGAUUUUAGUGCCAUAAAUCUACUAGGUGAAAAUGAAAAUGGAAGUGCGAAUGCGAAUACGAAUGGAGAUGGUACAUCCAAUAGGGAUAUAUUGAAAAAAGAAGUUAGCAAGAGUGAAGUUGAAAAAUUGGGUAUAAAGACUGAAACGAUAGUGAAUUGUCAUGAUUUUUCUAAAGAAAACGGUUCUAGCACUUCGUUGCAUACUCAUGGUGCUUUGAGUACUAGUACUGGGACUGGCGCUGGUGGGAUAACAAUAUCAAGACCUUCAAGUACGACUCCUCUCCCUCAACCCAUAGGUAUACCCAAACCACCUUCGGAUCACGUCCCAACGAGGCAGAAAACCCAAAACCAAACACACUUGACUCCACCUAAUCAUCAUCCUGGAUUAGGAAAUAGGAGCUUUUCAAUCGGACAAAGGAUAAAUUCAAGUUCGAAUCAAAGUUGGCCUGCACCUGUUAGUAGUGUACCCGGUUGGAGGAAGGGUAGGAAAGAGUUGAUGGAGGACACACUUGAGGAGAUGGGGUUGGUGGAAGAUCACAGUGCGGAUCGAGGUAGAGAUAGGGAGGUACAGAUGAAGGAUGUAAUUAGGAAUUUGGAAGAUUUAGUAUUAAAUCAAAAUUCGGCAGAGGGUAGAGGUCAGAAUUCAGAUAUGGAUGUGAACGUGGGUGGACUAGACGCGAAGGAGAAUGCAGGAAGGAGCAUAGAGUUAAUAGAUCUUUUGAUAUCGUGA